AUGCGGGACCGAAAGCCAGCAGGCAGAAACUCGGCAGGCGCAGCUUGCCGCCAGUGCCACCGGUUGUACUUCUGCCGUCCGCGCAAACCAGUUCUGAAUCCAGGCGCACCGGACCCGAGGCGCGCGCGUUUGGCGCAGGGCGCGCAAAACCCGCGCACCAGGUCGCCAACUGCGCGCGGCGGCUGCGCGCCCCCGCCAGCCCCCCAGCUCCGGCCGGGCCGCCCCCUCCGGAUCUGGGCGGGGAGCGGCGGCCGCCCUCCGUCCACCCCCGUCCGGCAGCCGCAGAGGCCCCGCGGGGAGCGAGGCGGGGAGCCGGCGGCUGUCCCGGAGGCGAUUGAGGCGGAGGGCGCUUUGGAGAGGCCGGGGGACCCCUUUGCCCUUUGGACCUGCACCCAUGGAGAAGCCUCGCUUGCCACCCCCCCGGCCGGGAGUGAAAGAGAAAAGACAGGUGGAACAUUAUUAUCGCGGGACAACCUCCAAGGCCUCCUACAAGUCGCCGCGGGGAAGAUGCGCAAGAAUUCGCGCGUGGACGGCGGCCCCGCGGAGGAGCCGGCGCGGGGGACCCCCAAGGCCAACGCCGCCUGCGGGACCUACAUCAACCGCCUCAUUAAAGUGGACACCCACGAUAAGAAUGGGAAAAACUACCCCUCCUCUUCCUCCUCCUCCUCCUCCUCCUCCUCCUCCUCCUUCCUGUCCCCCACAAAGCCAGUUGUCACAGCUGGACAGAAUAACAGGAAAUGGCCACGCUGGGAGCCGGAGCCAGAGCGGGUCAUUGUUGCUGGAGGCGUCGCCGAUUGUGGGACUCGGCACAAGAUCCGGAGGCGGGGCUCCAAGGACCCUUUGGUCAAAGCCGUCUUACUCCUGGAUGAGCCAGCGGACCCCGGGAACAAGGGAGAUGUCGCCGUCAAGCGCCAAGCGGUCAAACCCCCUCAGCUUUACGACACCCCCUAUGAGCCGUCGAAGGUAGGGGGUCCCCAACCCGACGCCUGGUUACCCGAGAACGACGAACGGCCGCCGGCUGAGUACGAACAGCCCUGGGAGUGGAAAAAGGACCAAAUUGUGAAAGCUCUUUCAGUCCAGUUUGAGAGCUCCGAGCGAGCAGCAGCAGCAUCCAAAGAAGAAGCUCAGGUGCCGCCACGGCAGCAGCAUCGCCGCCAGAGAAGCUGGCCCUCCAAGAUGGUGAAGCCCCCGGGGACGGCAGACCCUGGUGCCGAUGGGGAGCACGUGGAUCCCGCCGUAGCCCUGGAGAAACAGCCGUGGUUUCACGGGGCCAUCACACGAGCCGAGGCCGAGAACCGGCUGCAGCUCUGCAAGGAAGCCGGAUACUUGGUGCGGACCAGCGAGACGGGCACCAGCAAGUACUCCAUUGCGCUGAAGACCAGCCAGGGCUGCGUCCACAUCAUCGUCGCCCAGACGAAGGAUCACAAAUACACCCUCAACCAGACGGGCGGACUCUUCGACAGCGUCCCGGAGGUGGUGCGCUACUACUCCGCCGAGAAACUGCCCUUCAAAGGAGCCGAGCACAUGACCCUCCGGCACCCGCUGCCCAGCCCUGGCAAGACCCACUAGCCCCACGCGUCAGAACUGGCCGGAGGAACGGGGCAGGGGUGUGCGUCGGUAGCCAUGUUCGGCCCCUGGAGCAACCAGGGACCAUAACAGUCCCCCGGUU